UCCAUUCCAGUGCGAGACACGCGGAGUGCUGCACCGUCCGCGGCUCCUAGGGCAUGACAGACACACUCUUGUGGCGCUUUCAUACAGCCUUGAGUGGAGUCUCGAGUGGUAUAUAAAUAGCACAACUUGGGAACUAUUUUCGCGUACUCCAACUUUAUGAGGUGCAUUGUGCGUGAAUGACAUUGGAUAUCACGUGGUUGAUCUCUUACAAGUACAAAUGAUUACCAAAGAUUGUUCUGUGAUAAUUUUGAUAUAGUACCAGAUACCAUUUAACCUAACGAUAAACGGUGCCUUCGUUUAUAAACAAUAUAUAUAUAUUAUAAUAUAAAUAUAAAAUUAGGUCAUUGUGAGAGCGAGAGAAAACGAUCAUUAUGCAACUAACAACAAGACCCCAGUACAACUCGAGGGAGGAGGAGCAGCUGCAGUCUUUGCAACAGGUGGUCAUGUGUGGGGAGACCAAUCCCGAGGACCAGAGUGAGACAUGUGUGACUCCAGCGGCCUCACCAACAGACCAGGCCAGCCACUGCCGCCUACCUCUCCACCUCCUGGUAGCAGACACACAGCCUACCACCACACACCUGUCCUCCAACACACACUACACCAGCCAACAGAGCGAUGAACACAACUGUACCUGUCCAGACACCAUUCCCGGCCACACCAGAAAGAGGAAAAUGAUAGAUGAAGACAAGGAAUUGAAAGACAGAGAGGCCGAAAAGAAACUAAUAAUUAGAAAGAGAAGAGCACUAAUCAAUGGUGGACACAAAGGCGAAAAUGUUCCUCUAUUUUAUUUAUACGGCGACUUCCUCCUCAUACCUCAGUUCAGAUGGGGGAGUGGUGGAUGUGUUGAAGGGGUAAGGCGAAGGUCCCUGGCAGAACCCGACCUCAGCACCCCCAUUGACUCCAGCAACAUCUUAGAGGCGUCCUCUCAACACUUCCGCCCCAAGACGCCUUCUUUAUAUCACGUAGAAGUUUGUCCAGAUUCUCAGUCACUUGAGGAAGGAGUCAUUAGUCAAGAAUGGUUCUCAAGAGUUAUGCAGCUUGUGAUGAGUGACCUCAAUAAAUAUGGAGUCUGUGUCGUCGAUCAGUUCUUGGGGGAGGAGCGUGCAGAACAAAUCUUGAAAGAGGUUGGGGCACUUCACUCGUGUGGUGUGUUCCAGGAUGGUCAGGUUGUUUCAAGACAAGUGCAGGACCAGGCACGGGGAAUGAUCCGUGGUGAUAAAAUUACCUGGGUCACAGGAAGCGAGCCUAACUGCACUAAUAUUGGCAAAUUAGUGACGAGAGUAGAUUCUGUAGUGGCGAAAGUAAACAAACACCAAGAUGCUGGCAAACUUGCGCACUACAACAUUACCUGGAGGACGCGGGCUAUGGUGGCUUGCUACCCUGGGCGAGAUGCACACUAUGUGAAACAUGUUGACAACCCCAAUGGUGAUGGUCGAUGCAUCACUGCUAUUUAUUAUAUCAACAAAGAUUGGACACCACAGGAUGGUGGUGUAUUGCGAAUCUACCCCAAAGGUUGUAGCGACCAAGUAGCAGAGAUUGAACCUUUGUUUGAUCGUAUGCUCUUUUUCUGGUCAGAUCGUCGUAAUCCUCAUGAAGUAUUACCAGCUAAAAUUACCAGCAGAUAUGCCAUUACUGUAUGGUAUCUGGACCAAAAAGAAAGGGAAGAUUACUUGGCUCGGGUAUCUAAUACUUCUUCUAAUACUUGACGAGAUGUUGCUUCACUCUGCUUUCCCAGCUGGAUCCAUACUUGAACUCACUAUAGCUGUGACUUCACCAUCAUGCAAACCUUUUGAUAGAGCUGUCACACUGAACUUGACCAGAUUAAUAAUAUUAGCAUGGACCGUGAUCAGUUCAUAACAGUGACCACAUGUACAGGUGUUAAGACAGUGAGUGACUGUGUGCCAUAAUGAUGCUAGACUGUGUUGACUAUCAUUACAGGAAAUAAGUUCUUCAGAUUUCAAUAACUGUUGGUAAAGAGGAAAAUUCAACCCCCUGAUGAAAGGUUGUUUUAUUACCGAGUGUAAUUGGCUGUCAAGAAUGUUUUCAAAUGGCAUUUAUUUUGAAACGUAAACAAUUUUUUUAUUAAAACAACCUCAGCAUGUGUGCAUUUUGUCAAAAAUUAAUCAAAAAGAUAAGAAAAUAGGCAAUCAAGACACGAGUUUCUACCUUGUAAUGCUUUGUUCCGUCUUGCUGUCAAGAUUUUGAGUUCCUAACCUUUGUUUCAUUGUUUGGUCCUGCCAUUUUAGGAUAUUAAUUGUAAAGCACAAUUGAAUUCUUAAGUAGGACACCAUGCAUAUAAUAUACCUUGUAAAGUGGGAAAAGUUUUGACUCGUGCAUAGUAAAAUAAUGAUGCAUGUCACUGAUAAGUAGGACAUUGGUUUAGAUGUAACUGAAGUAUCUGGCCUUAAUUGGCGUACUAUAACAAAUAUUCUACAGCAAAUACCAUAGAAGUGCAUUAUCCAACAAAUAUGGAACCUGAAAUGCAAAAAUUUUGUUGACGUGUGAAUUUUGUUUGCACAUAUUAAGCAGUUUAAUUUGAAGGCAGAGCUUUCUAUGCUGUUUGUCAGGUUACUAGUUUCUAGUAUUGGAACAUAACAUUCAUACCUCAUACAAACAAGUCUCAAGGUUUGCAUGUGUCAUAUGUUGAUAUGUACUUAGGAAAUAGUGUUGCUGUAUUGUGAUUUAUAUUACAAAUUUCAUUAACACUUGUGUGUAAAUUACAUUUAUAUUGAUUAGUAGUGGUUGUGAUAAGUCUUUACACACAUUGUGUGAUAAAUUCAGUAUUAUGAUGUUCAAAUUUUGUUACGAUUACCAAAGAUAUCCAUGAAGGUGAAAAUGUUAUGUGCCCCAGGUAGUUGGUGACCAAGUUUGCAUGAUGCUUAUUAGUCGUCGGUUUAAAUUAACUUGGUCACUGGUUUCUUUGUCGUUUACAUCUGAACUGAUCAACUAUGUUGUCAUGCUUUAUAUAUUGAAGUGACAAAAACUAUUGGAGUUUUGCUGAAUAUUUUGGUUUAAUUUUUUUAAUUAAUUGGUAUGGCCUUUUAACAAAAGUGUUUACUGUUAUAAAACUUGUUAACUUUGACUAAAAUGUACUCCAUUAGUCAUCUUUGGAUGGCACAAUUAUAGCUGGGUGAAACGGUUGCAUAUCUGGAGGAACACCACAAGAUUGCUAUUGGAUCUACUUUCUAAGGUUUCCUUCCAUAUUUGACUGUGAAAGUGUAUGUAUCAAUGUUAGAGCCUCGCCCCUGGGCCCACAACAUUUUUGCUGCUAAUGAUGGACCAUGUUAAUAUGGUUUACUCGUAUAUCCACGAAGGUUCGUAAACAAAAUUUUGUUUAUUAACCUUGGAAAUCUGUAGAGAUUUCAAGUGUUAUCUUGGAAUUGGACAAAUUGGUUAAUUGGCUGUUGCCAGAAAAUACUAUAUAGACAUUUUUGCACAUGUGCUGAGUGUCAGUAUUUCCCCCCACAAAAAAGAAUCUGGUCGUAUAGAGCUGUUGGCUCAUUUGAGAAACUAGCUCACUUUAAUGUUUGAAAUACAUUAAUUAUUGGACAUGGCUGUGCAUGCAAGAAUGGAAUUGCUAGUUUUUGUUUGUUAGGAAACAUUUAACUUAAAAUGUUUGAUAGUGUAUGAUGAAAGGUACAGUAUAUCCAAUCUGUAACUUAUUAUGUAUAUUUUACAAAUACGUUUGCAGCAUUAGUAUAUGAAGGAGAAGUUAAGUUAUUUUCUUAUUUUUGUCAGUAAAAUGUGCAACUUGAUUACACUUCAUGCAAGAAAAGUCUGUAUGUAUGAUGCAAAUGUUUUCUUUCGUUCAUCAUAAGGUGGUGAUCAAGAGAACAUACUGUAUAUGGAAAUUCAGAUUCCUAUAUAGUUCCUGAGGGGAAAUGAGCUUGUAGUCAAUGUAUCAAGAUCACAGUGCCACAUUUUGGCACUCUAAUGUUCAGUGAAUUUUGUGCCUCGGCCUGAAAAUUAGUUUGUUGCAUAUACCUGGUGCUAUAGCAUGUACGGUACUUUAACAUUGUCAUCUUAUGAUUAGGUUUGUGCACUGGAAACUUUUCUUCAAAAUUACUGUAUAUUCAGUUAAUAAUGUUUUUAAUAAUAAAUUACUAUGUAUGUUUUGAAGUGUACCAUAUUAAAAUUACUGUGCUUCCAUAUUAAAAUUAUCACCCAAGGAAAUUUAGGAAAUAAUUUAGUUUUUUGUUAAGUAAAAGUUUCCAUUGUUUCCAUUGUGCCAGCCAAUUUUAGAUGAAUUGCUGGGCAACAACUGGUUUGUAUAUAACCCAGUAUUUUAUAGGCAUUCUGUAUGACAUUUUAUUUAAAGGAUGUUGACAAUUUGAGGGCAGAUAAAAGAAUUUGAGUCAUAAAAUAAUUGAAUGAAAUUGUUUUUUAUUAUUCUUUUAAAUUCAUGAUUGCUUUUUUAGAAGUUGAAUGAAUUGCAGAUAGUUUCCAAUACAUUAAACAUAAAUUGGGUCAUUCAAAGCAAAUGUUGAGUUUCAGGUAAUGCCAUUUUAAAGAAAUACAAAAGUACUAAUAAAGGCAUUAAACUAAUUUUGCUGUAGUUGCUUAAAAAUAGUCUAAUACUUUGGACAAAGAAAAUUAUUUUCUUAAUGGGUAUAUGUAAUUAUGCCAGAUUGCUUACUACAUAAAUAAGUAUACUAUGUUUUGCAAUUGCAAGACAAUGCAAGCUAGAUGAAAUUGUGAACAUGUACAAGGUAUAUUUUCAUAAUUUUUUUUUUUUUUUUUUUUUUUUUUUUUUUAAACAUUCUGAAUGUCUUUGUACAUUAAAAAAAAUGACAGGUGGUGCUAUAUAGUCUUCUGGGCUUGGUGCCUUUUUAAUAAUUACAGUACUUGCAUUUAAAAAAUAAUUCCAGUUGCUUCAUGGUUUCAAUUUUUGUUUGUCCUGAAGGACCUCGAUGGCCCUGUUUCAAGCUCAAACCUCAUCAUAGUACUAAUUCUUGACUAACUGCAUCACUUGUUGAACUUAACAUUUAGUACCUUAAAUUUGUUAAAGGCUAUUAUAUAAGCCUAAUACCAAUUUAUUUUUAUCACAUACCGGUUGUAAGCAUUGUGCCAACAGUUCAUGGACGGCUGCAUGUAAAGUAAUUAAUUCUGCCCAUCUAGAAUUUUGAUUAAAGUGUAUUAUGUCUGAGACCAUAUUUCACCAUUUAAUGUUUAUAUACAUAGCAACAUUGUCUUUCUUAUGAAAUAAAGUAGGGUAAUGUGGUUGUUUCUCGUGAACUCUGCACAUUCCUUGCAAGUACAGUAUUCAAAAAGAUUGAUAGCAAUUUAGCUGACAACUAUGUUAUGCAAUCUUAUAACAAUGUAAGUGAGAAGGUACAAUGUGUGAACAUUAAAAGGUGAAUUCUGAUAUAUUAUUGUAGUGCUGUAGAACUAAGUGCUAAAUAAUUAAUUUUUCUUUGAUGUAAACACAUUAUAUUGGAUAUUUUUAAGAGUACCUGAGGGGGGAGGAAUUAUAUACAGUAUAAUUAUAUAGCAUACUUUUACUUCUUGACGGUCUCUGCUUUCAGCUUUGCAAAUGUUGCCUGUUCAUGCGAAUUGGAAAAAUAGCACAAAAAAAUAGUAUGAAAAAGCAUUUUAAAUUUUGAUAAACUUGUACAAAGCAAAUUCCUGUUCUGCAUAGCCCAUUGAUUUUGGUCUUUGAAAAUAAUCGAUAUUAUCUUGCAGCAAAGAGAAUGGAAGAAGGUGCAACCACAGCACACUAACUCUUAACCUAACUAUUGUCAAGUGGUUAUUUACAACCUGCUGUGUAGUGUACUUGUUUAUACCCACCUCUUUCAUCAUACUGGAUAUUUUGGAACCCUUCAUCUUGCAUGCAUAGUAAUGAAAUUUUGUUAAAGUUAGGACUAAUAAAAUAAGCAUUACUUGCAUCAGUAACUUGAGAAGUUAAUUAGCAGGUACCCAACAUUAUCUUUGGUAUAAUAUGAGAUUUGUUGGGUGAACAUAUAAUGUACUCUUAUUACUCCGAAGUAAUUUAAAUAUAGACAUUAAAAGGAAAAUUGUCUUGUAAAGUAAUUUUGUGUUGUGUAUAUAUAUAUACUAUAUGAUGUUUGCCCCUAUUGUAGCUGAUGUAUAUUUUACUGGCUCAAAGUUUUUUCUAGCCCUCAUUAUGCCAAGAAACUAAAUGUUUUUUUUAAUUAAUUUCGUUUUGUAAUGCUAAUACUGUACUGUAUUUGUGAUUAUCAUAUACACAAUGUGAUUACUUUUCGUGCUUUUUCUCAACUCAAAUGUCUUUUUUUUCCAGUGCAAAGAAUACAUAUUAUAUCUUA